AGCUUCCUGAAGCAUCAAUGUCGUCACCUCGGUUUUCUUUUUUCUAAUUUAUUAUUUUUUACUCUUUUUAUUUUUUUUUUUUUGCCUAUUUUAAUGAAGACAAAAGGAAGAAGAAGAGAUCACAAUGUGGUCGCAACGUAUCUUUCCCCGAUUGGGUUUUAAUAGGCCAAACCAGUAACUGCUUAUUUAUUUAUUUAUUUUUUUAAUUCUGUGAGGAAUGAAAAUAUGUGCAUGUGCUUGUAGUCUCUCUGUCUUCUGAUCUGAGACGCUUCUUCUUCUUCUUCUUCUCAUUCUUUUUUCUCAUGGAGUUGAUUUGAGUUAACUUUCCACUGGACUUGGAACGCUGCGUUUUUGGUUCUGACUUUUGCCAAAGAGAUGAGUGACCGAGUGGGAGUGGAGUGGGAGCGGAUUUGAUAAAAAGGUCAGAGUUGUGGAUCUUUAAGUUUGUAUUCCUGGAGCAUACAGAUUACCUCUUUCUUUUUCCCUCUUGUCCCCGUGAACUGUUGAAAAGGACACAUGGCAACACUGAACGACAUUGGAGUUGCAGCAGCAAUCAAUAUUCUUAGUGCAGUUGCUUUCUUUUUGGCAUUUGCCAUACUUCGAAUCCAACCAGUAAAUGAUAGGGUUUACUUCCCAAAAUGGUAUCUCAAAGGUUUAAGGACCAGCCCAUUACGCACUGGUGCCUUCGUUAGCAAACUUGUCAAUUUAGAUUUUAGGUCAUACGUGAGGUUUCUAAACUGGAUGCCUGCGGCAUUACAAAUGCCAGAACCUGAGCUAAUUGAUCAUGCUGGAUUGGAUUCUGCUGUUUACUUGAGGAUUUACCUAGUAGGGCUAAAAAUUUUUGUUCCUAUUGCAUUGCUUGCCUUCACAAUUAUUUCUCCAAUAUCUUGGCUGCAGAUAUUCCAAUAUUUAAGGAAGAACACUAUAUUCUUUCAUUGUGUCUAUUGCAGAUUUUGGACCCAUUUGGUUAUGGCUUAUGCCUUUACCUUCUGGACAUGCUAUAUACUGAAAAGAGAGUACGAGAUAGUUGCAAAAAUGAGACUGCAUUUUCUUGCAACAGAGCAACAGAGACCAGAUCAAUUUACGGUACUGGUUAGAAAUAUCCCACCAGAUCCUGAUGAAUCAAUUACUGAGCUUGUGGAACAUUUUUUUCUGGUUAACCAUCCGGAUCACUAUCUUAGUCACCAGGUAGUUUACAACGCAAAUAAACUUGCUAAAUUAGUUAAUGAAAAGAAAAAAGUGCAGAAUUGGGUUGACUACUAUCAAAAUAAGUAUUCAAGAAAUCAAUCUAGGAGGCCCUCAAUGAAGACUGGUUUUCUUGGGCUUUGGGGAAGUAGGAGAGAUGCAAUUGAUUUUUACACGGCCAAAAUUGAGAGACUAUCAAGAGAAAUGGCCUUGGAGUCAGAAAGGAUCAUGAACAGCUCUAAAUCCAUAAUGCCAGUAGCCUUUGUUUCAUUUAAAUCUCGAUGGGGAGCUGCUGUUUGUGCACAAACUCAACAAUCUAGAAAUCCAACAAUGUGGUUGACUGAGUGGGCUCCAGAGCCCCGUGCUGUAUAUUGGGACAACCUGGCGAUUCCAUUUGUUUAUCUCACUAUUAGGAGGCUUAUUAUUUUUGUGGCAUUUUUCUUCCUUACCUUCUUUUUCAUGAUUCCUAUUGCAUUUGUACAAUCACUUGCAAACAUCGAGGGGAUUGAGAAAGCAGUUCCUUUCUUAAAACCGAUAAUUGAAGCGAAAGUAAUCAAAUCAUUUAUUCAAGGUUUCCUUCCUGGAAUUGCUUUGAAGAUAUUUCUUAUCUUUCUUCCUUCCAUAUUGAUGCUGAUGUCUAAAUUUGAAGGAUUUAUCAGCUUAUCAACCUUAGAAAGAAGAUCUGCGACAAGAUAUUAUAUUUUCCAGUUUAUUAAUGUGUUUCUUGGGAGCAUAAUAACGGGAACUGCUUUUCAGCAACUACAUAGUUUCAUUCACCAGUCUGCAAAUGAUAUCCCAAGAACCAUUGGUGUCUCAAUCCCAAUGAAGGCAACUUUCUUCAUAACAUAUAUAAUGGUCGAUGGAUGGGCUGGAGUUGCUGGAGAGAUUCUAAGACUAAAACCUUUGAUUAUUUAUCACUUGAAAAAUUUCUUCCUGGUGAAGACUGAAAAGGAUAGGGAAGAAGCAAUGGAUCCAGGAACUAUUGGUUUCAACACAGGCGAACCUCAAAUACAACUUUAUUUCCUACUUGGCCUUGUCUACGCUGUCGUGACCCCUAUCUUGCUUCCUUUCAUAGUAGUCUUCUUCGGCCUGGCUUAUGUAGUAUAUCGUCAUCAGAUCAUAAAUGUUUACAAUCAAGAGUAUGAGAGUGCUGCAGCAUUCUGGCCUGAUGUCCAUGGACGCAUCAUAAUUGCAUUAAUUGUCUCCCAACUGCUUCUGAUGGGAUUAUUAAGCACCAAAGACGCUGCUCAGUCGACUCCAUUGCUUAUCACACUUCCAGUAUUGACCAUAUGGUUCCACAUGUUCUGCAAGGGGCGAUACGAGCCUGCUUUUGUUAAAUAUCCAUUACAGGAAGCUAUGAUGAAAGAUACCCUGGAACGUGCAAAGGAGCCGAACUUGAACCUAAAAGGUUUCCUUAAAGAGGCUUACGUCCAUCCAGUUUUCAAGGAUGUGAAUGACAAUAAUAGUGAUGCAGGUUCUGAGGACUCUGAACACGAACCUAAACUUGUCGCUACAAAGCGCCAAUCUCGCAAGAAUACCCCAUUGCCCAGCAAACAGAGUGAGCAUAACAGCACCCGAAAUGCCGGUGAGCAUGAUCCUGAUUUUUAAGUUGAGUGUAAAAAGAACUGAGUUCCCAGGAGAUCAGUGGUUGUACAUGUGAUAAGAAAAAUGCAAGGAUAUAAAGAUAAUACACUGAAUCUACAGCAAACAACCCUAUAGAAAUUACACGAAUAUAGAAAUAUAAUUAGACUGAUCUUAGUUUUCUGGUUUUGGCAGCUUGACCUUUGAGCUGAUUGA